AUGGCUAGAUGUGGCUCAGAGAUGCCAAUAGAAGAAGCGGAUAGAUUUGUACAACCACCGUUUAGUGAUAAUGUUAGGCAAAUUAAUGAGUACACUGUGGCCGUGACGAAUGACUUGUGGAACAAACGGGAAGACUCACCAAAACUACCUGCCACGAUACACGAUUAUCAGCUGAACGGACAUCAGCUGGACAUUUGCCGCAACAGCUUACCCGCAGGGCAGCAGACUCAGGCGAGCCUUCUCUUAGCGGGGGGCAAUAGCAACACGCCGGUACUGGGUAUUGGUGCGUCCAACAUGAGUAGCUGCAGCCUAAGUGCGACUAAUAAUUCGGGACGCACCAAUUUUACGAACAAACAGUUAACAGAACUGGAGAAGGAAUUCCAUUUUAACCGAUAUCUUACACGCGCACGCCGCAUUGAAAUCGCUAACACACUGCAGCUCAACGAGACACAGGUGAAGAUCUGGUUCCAAAAUCGUCGCAUGAAACAGAAAAAACGCGUGAAGGAGGGCCUAAUACCGGCGGAUAUACUGACGCAGCAAACCGUCUCGACUACUUCGUCAACAGCGGCAGCCGGCAAUGGCCCUGUUUCUGGACCAGCGAAUUCAACUGGUAAUAUUAAUGUUGGUAACCAGUGUCACAGCAACGCCAGCAACAGCAAUGCGCAUGUGCAUAGUGGCUCUACGGGCAGCGGAAGUAAUCCGAGUCCAGCUCGCAUUGCCAGCAGCGAUGCUGUCACACACAGUAACAACGCAAGUCAGAAAAGCACCAAUACGCUGAGCAGCGGAGAUUGUAAUCUGACAGCAAAUAGCGAUAAUAGCCGUGAAUCGAAUUAAUACGAUCGCAUAUGCGCUGACAUUGUUCACUGACCGUAAGGGUAUGCCAGUUGAUGACUCCAUCCACUGGACAGAUGGAAGCGUAGCUACUGGAUGUUGCCGUAUUGGGCUUUGUUUUUUUGUUAAUUCUUUAGUUCGCCAAAUGAUAGAUAUGUAUGUACAUUCACCCACAGCUCGGAGAAAUGGAAAGGGUAAAAUGCGUACCGACCAGACACAUUUGGUCAUUUGGCUGUGAUAACAAUUUAAA